GCGGGCAACGGCACGUCGAAGGGCGCGUCCCUAUUUUCCGUUUGAGUCAGUUUAACGUUUACCCCAGGAGAGUGUUACAAGGUUGCUUCUUGUUGGCUUUCCCCAGGUUCCACCCAACAUGCUCCUCUCUACGCUUGUUCUCUGGUGAUUAUAAUGCCACAUCUGCAGUGCGCCCGGCGGUCCGCUGGAUCUGCCUCGUGCUUCAACAGAACUUGGACUGACCAGACCCAGGGACACCCCUUAUUCCAGCCUCAGACCACCCUCCAGCCGCCUUUACAGUCUCAACCCCCGGAACCACCUUCUCAGCCACCCUCUGCCUCUGGGGCCAACCAACACCGUUUUUUGAGCUUAGCGCCUUGUUGCCGGCCAAUCAUGAGCUCUCAGUGUCGUCAGAAUUAUUCCCCCGAGGUGGAGGCCUCCGUCAACUGCCUGGUCAACAUGCAUCUGCGGGCCUCCAACACCUACCUCUCUCUGGGCUUCUAUUUCGACAGCAGCGAUGUGGCUCUGCAGGGCUUGGGCCACUUCUUCCGCGAGUUAGCCCUGAAGAAGCGCGAGGGUGCCCAGCGGCUCUUGAAGUUGCAAAACCAGCGGAGCGGCAGCGCGCUCUUCCAGGACGUGCAGAAGCCGUCGCACGACGAGUGGGGUAAAGCCCUGGACGCCAUGGAAACGGCUCUAGUCCUGGAGAAGAACCUGAACGAGGCAAUUUUGGAUCUGCAUGCCCUGGGUUCUGCCCGUGCCGACGCUUAUCUCUGUGACUUCCUGGAGAACCACUUCCUGGGCGAGGAGGUGAAACUCAUCAAGCAGAUGGGCAGCCACCUGACUAACCUCCGCAGGCUGGCCGGCCCUCAGGCCGCGCUGGGCGAGUAUCUCUUCGAAAGGCUCACCUUCAAGCUCGACUAGCAGCCUCUGGAGCCCAGCAACCUUGGAGGGGCCCCUCUGGCAUCCCCUUAGUGCCAGGGCUUCAGCCUGGGCUUGUCUGAGCAGCUUUUUAACCACGACGACGGAGCCCUCUCCCAAACUGUCGACCCGAUGGAAACAAUAAAGCUUUUUGCAAUGAAAAACA